AUGUUGGGGGCCCGCCUCAGGCUCUGGGUCUGCGCCUUGUACAGCAUGUAUGGUGUGUGCAGGGUCAGAGCCUAUCCCAACAUCUCCCCGCUGCUUGACUCCAGCUGGGGUGGGCUGACCCACCUGUACACAGCCACCACCAGGAACAGCUACCACCUGCAGAUCCACAAGGAUGGUCACGUGGACGGCUCACCACAUCAGACCAUCUAUAGUGCCCUGAUGAUUAGAUCAGAGGAUUCUGGCUUUGUAGUGAUCACAGGAGUGAUGAGUAGGCGAUACCUCUGUAUGGACUUCAGAGGCAACAUUUUUGGAUUGCAUUACUUCAACUCGGAGAACUGCAGGUUCAGGCACCGGACGCUGGAAAACGGGCAUGAUGUCUACCAAUCUCCUCAGCACCAUUUCCUGGUCAGUCUGGGGCGAGCCAAGAGGCCCUUCCUGCCAGGCAUGAACCCACCACCUUACUCCCAGUUCCUGUCCCGAAGGAAUGAGAUCCCCCUGAUUCACUUUAAUACCCCAAAGCCCCGGCGGCACACCCGCAGUGCCGAGGAGGACUCUGAACGGGACCCGCUGAACGUGCUCAAGCCCAGGCCCCGAAUGACACCGGCGCCAGCAUCCUGCUCCCAGGAGCUCCCAAGUGCCGAAGACAACAGCCUGGUGGCCAGUGACCCUUUAGGAGUGGUCAGAGGCCAUAGGGUCAACACACAUGCCGCUGGGAUGGGCGUGGAAAGGUGCCGCUCCUUCCCCAAAUUCAUCUAG